AUGGACGAACAAGACGCCCUUCAACGACAGCUGGAACUUCUCAACAGACAGCUUCACACGCAGCAAGAGGUGAUCCAGAACCAAGAGCAACAGCUUCAGGAACGGCACGACCAGCUCAAUUGUUCCGUGCAGCAGCAUCCUGCCGGCUCGGCCGAGGACGUUAGAACCCCGGCAGAUGGCAUCCCGCACGCUGCCCCGCACGGCGUCUGGCGUGUCGCUUUAACGCUUCCGCCGUUUUGGGCCGACUCACCCAAGGUAUGGUUCGCCCAAGUCGAGGCCCAGUUCUCCCUCGCGCACAUCACGCAAGACCGGACCCGCUACGAUUAUGUCGUUGCCCACCUCGAUACCCGCUACGCCAACGAGGUCCGGGAUAUCCUUUCCAACCCACCAACGGCCAACCUUUACGAACACCUCAAGACGGAACUCAUUCGCCGCCUGUCACUCUCGGAAGACCAGAAGGUGCGACAACUUCAGUCCGCAGAACUUGCCGAGCGCAAGCCUUCGCAGCUCCUCCGCCACAUGCGUGCUCUCGCGGGCAACAUGGAAGUCCAGGAUUCCUUACUGCGAACUCUUUGGCUUCAACAACUUCCACCGCACGUCCAGGGAAUUCUGCAGGCUCAGCUUCCACUACCUCUCGACCAUCUUGCCGGGAUCGCUGAUCGUGUCAUCGAGGUCUCCGUGCCGCCGUUGUCACCCACCGUCCAGGCUGUCGCCGCACCGCUGAACACCAUGGAUCUUCCGCUCCAUAUCGACGAUACCAACCGACAGCUCAGCUCCAUUCAACGACGACUGGAUCAACACUUGCCGACGCGCCACUCGCAAAGCCGUGGCCAGAACACUACCCCGUCGCAGCAGCCUGGUGACGACGACCGCUGCUACUACCAUCGACGCUUCGGGGACAGAGCACGACAAUGUCGAUCGACCACCCUGCUCCGCUAG